GCACCACCCAUUUAAAGGGGGUGAUGGCUGUCACAUGGUUAAACCUGCUUCCUGUUUAUCGGCUGUUUUACUUCAGUCUCUGUUUCACAGAUUGCGACACCACUCGGUAUUGUUGAGGCUGUUAUCCACUUCUAUUUUGCUACCUUACAGCGACAGGACAGUUUACUGUAUACAUUUAACCAGUUUAUGGUCGUGGUUUCUAAGGAGACAGGAAGACAUGGCACUGAGGAAACGUGAGUAGGCCGGAAAGGAUCCUGGAGAUUUCCUGACUCCAGGGCUUUGAGUUGGCGGAAAAGACGAACGAUAGGCUACGCCUGGGGACCUGAGCUAGCCCGUUAGCUAGUCUUGCUAACCUCUGUAGCCUGCAGCGGCAGCAGCUGUGGUUUGAGUAACCGGCUUUACGGGCAGGCUAACAGGUUCUGUUUGGAGAGCGGAACAGUUCGCUGGUGCCCUGAAUUCAAGAAGGCUCCCCGGCUCCGGCUCCGGCUCCCUCAAGCGGGCAGUCAGGAAAAAGCUGGCUGGGAAGGGAUGGCCUGGUCGGUCUCCCCGUCCCAGAGGACAAGGCUCAGCGGUGUUUGAAGGAGGUCGAGUGCGGCUCGAAGCCACCGCGGCGGGUCGAGGCACUAUGACGGACACCCACCUACCCACGGCCGGCGGCUUCCCGGCUCCCGGGCUGUUGGUCAGAAAGAGUGAAGAAAUAACGGAUUUGAUAGACCUGUUUUCCAAGACGCAGUACAGGGCAAAGGAAGUCACUCCUCGGGUGGAGGUCAUAGAGAAACGCUGUCUGCACCUGUUUGCCAGAGAUUACAAGUACAGCAUCAUCCAAAACACCAACGGGGAAGUGUGUGGACACUACCCCCGACAGAUAGUUUUCCUGGAGUACGAAUGCCUAGAUGUGGAGAAAGACAGGUUUGAGAGCACAGUGCAGAUCUCUAAGCUGCAGGACCUGGUGAACCGGAGCAAGAUGGCUCGCUGUAGAGGGAGGUUCGUCUGUCCAGUCAUCCUCUACAAUGGCAAGCAUAUAUGCCGAUCAUCCACACUGGCAGGCUGGGGGGAGCUGUAUGGACGCACAGGCUACAACUACAUUUUCUCAGGGGGCAGUGAUGACACAUGGACUGAGUCGGAGGAGUUUCCAGAGGAUGACGGCGUAGUCAGGAACGGUGACUCCCAUCUCUUCGAUAAGGUUCGAGGUUAUGACAUUAAGCUGCUGCGUUACCUGUCAGUUCGCUACAUCUGCGACUUAAUGGUGGAGAACAAGAAGGUUAAGUUUGGCCUCAAUGUGACAUCAUCAGAGAAGGUAGACAAGGCCCAACGCUAUGCAGACUUCACUUUGCUUUCUGUGCCUUACCCAGGAUGUGAGUUUUUCAAGGACUACAAAGACAGAGAUUACACAGCAGAGGGUCUAGUGUUUAACUGGAAUCAGGACUUUGUGGACGCUCCUUUGACAAUCCCCAGGUGCUUUACUCACAACUUGAACAUUGACUGGACUCAGUACCAGUCAUGGGACCUGGUGCAGCAGACCCAGAACUACCUGAAGCUACUUCUCCACAUCAUCAAUAGUGAUGGAAAAAUGGUUAACCACCACCAAACAGCUGUAGACUUUAAGGAUUCUUUGAAUAGACUGUUACUGUUUCAAUGUCCAACUUCUAACAGAAUCUGCGUAGAUAAUCAAGGAACUACAAUGUCAAAAUGCUCAGAUGAUAGCGGCCUCCUAGUGCACUGCAUAUCAGGAUGGGACAGAACGCCAUUGUUCGUGUCCCUCCUCAGGCUCUCUCUCUGGGCAGAUGGUGCAGUGCAUGCCAGCCUGGAGCCCACAGAGAUUCUGUAUCUGACUAUCGCUUACGACUGGUUCCUCUUCGGUCACAUGCUGCCAGAUCGACUCUCCAAAGGGGAAGAGAUUUUCUUUUUUUGCUUCAAUUUUUUGAAGCACAUUGUUUCAGAGAAGUUCUCUACAGUUAAAAAGCAGAGUUUUAGAAGAAAGAACUCUCACUUCAAAGAUGGUGAUUUCACUGUGGAAGAGCUCUGCCAGUUGAAGUCCAGGGACCGUGGCAGUGUGACUAGUUUGAGCAGUGACUUUUCCCUCAUCACUGAAGAGAUGGCUAGUGGAUCAAGCUUGACCAAUGACACUGUGGACCUGGCCUCCAGUCAGCCCCAAGCCUCCAACUGGAGAAAAGGCACCACUUCCUCUUCUCCAAUGGUGGUUUGGAAUAAACAGAACCCUUUGGACGACCGCCUCUCUCACACAGCAAAUGACGCCAGGUCUUCAAGCUCCUCAUCCAAUCAGUCGGAGCAUGGCGACACUCGUACUGGCAGCAGCCCAUUGGCUGUUCCAGGGAGAAGGUUAGCAGCGGACUGUGCUCGGUCAAGUUCCUCCCUCUCUACAGAUUAUGGUAGUUGGCAGAUAGUUUCCGGUUGUGGUAGCAUCCAUGACCAUGCCCAUUUCCCUCCACCUUUGGCCUCAGCCUCAUCCUCCAACUCAUCUACUGCUAUCGCUGCCUACGACUCCCCCCUGCCAUUCAGCUUUCAGGAUGAAGCCAGUGGACGAAUGUGUUCCUUCCCCUCUGAGCGUCAGGCCCGUCUGGAGGCAGUACGUGAAGCCUUCUUGGCAGCCUACAGCUCCACUGUCGGCCUCAAAUCCUCAGCUCCCAGCCCCUCUGGUGCCAUCUCCGGCCUGCUGGAGCAGUUUGCCCGUGGGGUAGGCCUCCGCGGCAGUAACGCCAUCGUCUGAGCCUCUUGAUGGGACCUUGGACCCUCCUGCCUACAUCAGUUGAUUCAGCAUGUCUGUGCCAAACAUCCCCUGUUCAAUUUUAGGGGUGUAGCAUUAUUUUUUUUUUUUUAAAUAUUUUAAUAUUUUUUAACAUGCCCUCCAUUUUAUUUUAUUUUUCCCCUGUGGACUUUAAAUGUCUGUGGUUUUGUCACAUUCAGGAAGGGCAAUGGUUUCAGCCACAGAAUCAAAAAGGGAUGGUAAUAAAUUUAAAUGGCUUAGAGGUCUCCUGUUAUUACAGUGUAAAGAAUUCUGCCUUGGUCUGUUUAUAGAUUUGUAACUCCAUGUCCAGUAAACAAUAUCACUUGAUUUCUUUUGCUUAUGCUGCUAUUCUUCACUGAUCCAAACAGCCGAAAGUUCUGUAGUUCUACUGGGCAGUGAAAAUGAGACAAAGAACUUGAUUUUUUUUUCUUCUUCUAAAAACAGAAAAUAUUUGAUGCUGUUCUGAUUUUGAAUUUAACACAGUAUUUUAUCUGAUCUGUUUUACUGCAUAGGGCUUCAUGUUUGUGGGGGUCUAAAGUUAAAGGGCUUUUGGUGUUGAUGUUCCCAUACAGGAAACUUUUAGAAUUGUUGACUCCUGCGGUCGUAGUAAUCCAUGUCCAAACUGGUUUUAAAAUGAUAUUCCUGGCCUUACCUUAUUUCACUUGGUUUGUCAAGCAUACCAAACACUUCAAGCUGAAAUUCUUCACUAAUUGCGAGAGGACCCUUAAUAAUGGGGUUUGAACCAUGAAGUGUUUUGGGUGUGGUUUUUUGGUUCUUGUUCCCCCAAUGAAAUAUGAAAGCUUUAGCUGAAAGACUUGCAUAGUCUGAACAUUGUCAACUUGUUUUGAAAAGAACUGAAUUAUGCUGCUUUCUUAUUUUAUAAACUACUCAAUGCCAGAUGUUUGGUGCCUUGAAGUGGAACAAUAAAUUCCACAAUAAAAAGGACUUGGUAAAAACUGAAAUUUUUCUUCUCCAAUGCAGUUUGGCUUUAGUUGGCGCCAUUAACUGAACAAGCCAAAUGUUGUCUAUUUGGUUAUUACUCUGUUUGAACCUCUACUUUGACUGGUGGAAACAGGACUAUGCCUGUGCGGAAAAAGGCUGGUCUUAACCAGCUAUCAGCAACAGUCUUUUGGAGCGUUUCAAGCUGACUGCUAGACACUGCAGAGGUUACACACUUAAGUCAAAAUGCUAAAAUUUGUAUGUAUGCAUUGCUUUUAAACACUUGUCCAGGGAAGCUCAAUAUCAUUCUACAUGCAAAUAAAAUUAAUCUAUGUGACAGACAGAUCAAAUAUUUGCUUUGUAAUUUUUGUAGGAAACGCUUAAAUUUCAGGAGCUAAGAUUUACAUUAACCAUUUGUUGAGUUGGGUAGUUGCAAGAAAAAAAACUGACCUUAGGUUUAUGUGAUACUUUAGUCUUCUAUAAAAGUUUAUAAGGACUGUUCCUUCAUAGCUCUCGCAGGGUUGAAUUUUUUUUUUUUUUUUUUUUUUAAUUUAAACCUUGCCAAUUACAGUAUCACCAUAUUGAGGCAUAUCUGUUAAUGGUUUAGUGACUGUGAAGAAGCACUGAGCAUUGUGGUAGCAGAUAUGAACUAAAGGCCUUUUCGAUGUUUCUCGUCCCUCCAGUGAAGGGAGGUCCGCUUCGUUCCUGCCAGUACUGAGAUUCCUGCCCAGCUGUUAUCACACAUUCACCUCCUUUCAGGUCACACGUGGACUUUCCUGCCCAGUCAGUUGGGUCAGUUCAUACUUAAGUUGUAAACUAGCCUAUCGGUGUUGCCAAACUGUUUGACAGUUGCUGUACCUCAGGGCCUUUCUGUUGUGGCUUUUUUUUUUUUUUUUUUUUUUUUUUUUGCCCUCUCUUAAUUCUUUAACACUGGAUGAGUCUUCUGUCCAGUUUCAGGUAUAUUUUCUGUUAAAUGUGUGGGUUUAUUUUUAAUUUUUGCAAUUUUUUUGUUAGAGCUUUGUUGUCUUAAGAGUUGACUGCAGUGAAAUCUGUGGGGCUUUCAUGUGGUUGCAGUUUGUACAGUGACAUAACGCUGAGUUUUAUGGAGAUUGAUGUAGGAUAUCGGGCAGCAGUCAUUCAGUUCUGCCUCUGUAAAUGGCAGUUGCUGAAAAUGACUGGUAUCAUAAUUUUAUUUUUUUAAUGAAUAUAAAAUCCUCUUUUGGGAAAUGUACUCAGGAUUGAGAUGAAAAGGUUGACACCAGUAUUGUUUCUGGGAUAAGUGCAGAGCUACAACAGAAUGUCUAGCCAUGAUUUGGAUCAAGAAAGAUUAAACCCUAGUUUAAAAGAGCUUUGUUACAUAGACGGUCUUGUAGGAGAGCGGAACAGCUUUGAACUUUUUUUUUUUUAAUUCCCCACCCUGAAAAAUAAAAUUUUGGACAAACUUGAAGCCAGCAGUUUUUCCUUGGUUGAGCUAGGCUAUUCUGACUCACUGUCCUUGUCACAUGCUCAGCCUUAUUUUCACUCUUGAUCCAUCUCCCAAAAUCUUGAAUUGACAGAAUGUUUCUUUUGCUAUGCCUAAAACCAAAGUCUGUUUUCUUUAUGCCUCAGAUCAUGAGCUGAGGCGUUUUAAGUCACUUGAAUGCUUACUGUGUCAGGAUGAUUUUGAAAUUGAUCUUGAUACAGUACUAUCAAGUACUUUGAAUGUGGCGCAUACCAGUUCUUUGCACGGGCUGUCAGUGGUUUAAUCUUGUACUUCCAAAGAGACUAACGGAACAAUCUGCCCUGUUUGAUGUAAUGAAAGUCUGACUGUUAUGACCCGAUCUCCCUGUCAGGUUUUAAGCUUUCUCCUUAAAUUCAGUUCUCACAUUUAUCUCUGGUUUGGCAUAGUAUCUAGCAUUCAAAAAACAUUGUCAAUUUUCUUUUCUUCAUUUACAAUUUUUAAUAAAAAAAAAGAGGAAAACACGCCACCCUCAGUCUCUCUCUCAGUUGGGGUAGAUUGUUUCACAAAUGAGGUUUUAACUUGUUGAAAUGCUGCAUUGCACUUGUCUAGUGUCCUCUGUGUAGAGAGUCUUCUUCUUUGUAUAUCUGAUGCAUUUUUAAAGAAUGCUAAUUUUUGCCUUUUAGGUUAUCAAAUGCCAUUACUUGUUGAUGGAUGUCGAGCUACAGUUGAAAGUGACUUAAACUCCAGGUAGCAAUUUUGAAUAAAUGAAGAAAAAUAA